AUGGCUAUUCAAUUUAUAUUAUGUUUCAACAAGCAAGGCGUUGUGCGACUGGUACGGUGGUUCGAGGUCUGCCAAACCGACACUCAAAAAACGCAGGAUAUGAUUGUUCAAAUAUACAGGUUGAUAUCCUCUCGAGAUCAUAAGCAUCAAAGUAAUUUUGUUGAGUUUUCAGACUCUACCAAGCUAGUUUACAAGCGUUACGCAGGGUUGUAUUUCGUCAUGGGUGUGGACUUACAAGAUGAGGAAUCAAUCUAUCUAUCACACAUACAUCUGUUUGUGGAAGUGCUGGAUGCAUUCUUCGGUAACGUUUGUGAAUUGGACAUCGUGUUCAACUUCUACAAGGCCUACAUGGUUAUGGAUGAAAUGUUUAUAGGCGGCGAAAUACAGGAGAUAUCGAAGGAUCAUUUGCUCGAAAGAUUAAGUAUAUUGGAUAGAUUGGACUAG